UGCGCGCACACACACAGAGAGAGAGAGGCACGCCCCGUACAUAGCUUUGGCUGCCCUGGAGGAGAGUCAGAACUGCUUCAAGAUGGGAGGCCAAACUUCUCAGCUCUUCACCGUCCCUGAGCAGCAGGAGAUCAUGAAAGAAACUGGCUUCUCAGAAGCUAAUGUUGUGCGCCUUUACCAGCGCUUCCAGGCCUUGGACAAGGAUGAAAAGGGCUUCCUCAGCAAAGAUGACUUCGAAGGGAUCGGAGAACUAGCAGUGAACCCCAUCGGUGACCGGAUCAUUGGUGCCUUCUUCCCAGAUGGGAGAGAGACUACGGACUUCCGGACAUUCACUCGUGUCCUGGCCCACUUCCGGCCAGUGGAAGGACCCGGAGGGUCACAGAACGCAAACAGCCGGCUUAGCAAAAUGAAGUUUGCUUUUCAGCUCUACGAUCAAGACAAGGAUGGGAAGAUCUCCCGAGCGGAAAUAUUACAGGUGCUGAGAAUGAUGAUUGGGAUCGAGGUGACGGAUGAGCAACUCGAGAGCAUCACAGACCGAACCAUCCAAGAGGCUGACAAGGAUGGAGACAAUGCCAUCUCCUUUGAAGAGUUCGCAAAGUCUGUGGAAAAGCUGAACAUUGAACAAAAGAUGAGCCUCCGGAUUCUGAAGUGAUCCGUCAGGGACCAGAGAAACCCCUGACAACUUGGAAAAUGAACAAGCCUGGCUCCUGGCAGGAAAGGCUGCAA